ACGAGAUGUACCGAUGCCUGUAUUCUGGAUUUGUCCCGGCCUUCCAGUGGUUUUGAGGAGGGUUUGGACUGGCGAGCCUCCCUUGAGUUGUUCUUGGAUUUUCUGUGGAAACAAAAGAUUUUCUGAACUCUGCGAAUGGCUUAUGAAGGUGAUGUCGGCCCAUUUAUGAGUGUUAAAAUACCCAUCAUCUUCACACCAACCAUUCCAGGAGAGGCAAAACUGGAUUUCCAAAUUAUGUUUUCUCAACCUGGUUGUGAACCGAUUGUGGUUUCAGUUUGUGGGGUGGCAGAGAGCGCACCUGUGUGGGUGACCAAGCCAAAUAUUGACCUGAAAAUCUGCAUGUAUGAUCGCCUUUAUCAGGACAGCAUCGAAGUUCAAAGCAGGGCCAGCUCAGCUCUGAGAUUGACAUUCAAGGUGUGUAAAGAGAUGAGGAAACACAUGUCUGUCCUGCCUAAAACAGGAUUUAUCCAGGCCAAAUCCAGCUUCAGUGCUCAGCUGAAAUUUCUGCCCAGACAGAGCUUGUUUGCGGAUGCCAAAAGCUUCUUCAAUAAGGACACAGGAGUUCUGGAGGUUCCCCUGACUGUACAGGUGGCAGAUCAGGUGAGGCCUGUCCUGUUUACGGUCCAUGCAGUGGUCACCCACUCCGACCUGCUGUUUGACCGCACUGAGGUGGACUUUGGACACUGCUCUGUUUAUGAGUCCUCCCAGACUUCAGUGCGUCUCACUAACUGUUCCCUAUUGCCGCAGGAGUUUGGCUUUGUGGGUAUUCCCAAGUUUAUUGAUGUCCAGCCUAAUGACGGUUUUGGCACUUUGCUGCCUUCACAAAGCAUGGACAUUUACUUGAUCUUCAGCGCGUCAAAGGCAGGGGAAUACAACUUCACACUCACCUGUAAAACAGGCAUUAACAGAGACUUCCUGUUAUCUUGUCACGCGACUGGCGUCCAGCCCGCUCUGAAACUCUCUGAUUGUUUGGUUGAGUUUGGAGGGACGGCGCUGGGCGACCGGACCACUGCAGUACUGUAUGUGGAGAACCAGAUCAGCUCAGGGCCUGAGGCCGCGGCCCGGCUCUUCGCCUUCUCUGUUCCUGAUAGCUCUGACAUCACCAUCACACCUGCUUCAGGACGUGUACUGCCUGGACAGAGGUGUCUGGUCCAGGUUACGUUCAGCCCAACACUGACCGAUGAUGUGAUCAAAGCAGAGGCUGUUCGCCGGAGGAAGGAGUUUCACACUGACGCCAGCAGCUGCCAACAUACACAACCUGACAGCAAAAGCAAAAUUGAAACUCCUUUGCCUUUGGUAAAAGAUCAAGGCAGCAAAGUGACGCCUGCAAACAGCAGCCCCAUCCGCUCCCCGAGCCCAGCAGACGUUCAAGCAGGCUCUUUUGAAUAUUUGGCUGCGAAGGCCUCACUCCUGCGCUCUUUUACUGAGCGUCGCACUCGCCAUGUCAUAUCCUGCUUCACCUCAACAUCAGACACGUCAGAGGAGCCCAGAUACAGCCCACAUGAGACGCUGAAUCUGGAGUUACGCUGUCCAGCCGUCAGACCAGCUCUACUGCUCAUCUCUGACAGCCACACCAUCCACUUCAGUCAGGUGGCAGUAGGUCAGAAGGUGUUGAAAAAGGUGAUAAUCCAGAACAUUUCCUCAGAGUUUGUAAAGCUGACAUCAUCCCUGUUGGAUGUGAACGGGCCGUUUUCUGUGCUGAACGCCAUGCGUCCCAUCGGUCCUGAAGAGACACACGUGCUCCUGAUCGCAUUUACACCCUCUGUGGCAAAGAAGUAUUAUGAAACUCUGGAGGUGAGCUGCAGUCAGAUGUCGCUGGAGAUCGCUCUCUGUGCUGAAGCUGUCGAUCCCAUCAUCACCUGCUCACAUGGAGGACACGUUGACUUUGACUACGUUCCUGAAAACGAGAGCGCCUCACAAGUGUUCAGGCUGCAGAACCUGUCCUCACUGGAUGUGCGCUUCAGUGUGCUGUUAGACAGCCAGCGUCUCACAGAAGCCAUGGACUCCACAGCACAUGUGGGGACUCAGAACCACAGCGGGUUGAGCGUGUUCCGCGUGUCUCCAUCAGGUGGAGCCAUUUCUCCUGCCGCUGCUGCUGACAUUACUGUGACCUUCCAUCCCGAUCAUGAGAGUCUCCAUUACAGAGACGUUCUGAGAGUGAAACUCCUCAACAAACAAACGGUGUGUGUGCUGGAGCUCAGGGGCUCUUCAUGUCGACACAACAUGUUUGUCUGUGGUGGGGAUCCAGUAGAGGACUGUUCUGAAUCACUCAUCCCAUCGCAUAUAUACACAUCAGGGCAUCAAGACAGCAAGAGUUUGCUGCUGACUUUUAGGAGUGAAUAUCAAGAGGGCAAAGCGAUCGCAACCGCACGCAAACUCCAUGUGGGAUGUGUCCUCGGCUCAAAACCGGCCACAAAAAAAACGGUUGAGUUUGUCUGGGAGAGUCUCUCUCCUGUGGAGCCGCAGAGCUUCAGAGUGGCACCGAUGCAAGGAAGUGUGGAUGCAGGACACAGACGUCCCAUCACCAUCACCUGGAUGCCAUCUAGUGGCCUCGCUCCGAAUGCAGUGGUUCAAGCAUGUGCUCUGCUGACCGUCAGAGGAGAUGAGACUGUCGUUUACCGCGUCAUUAUGACAGCCCAUACAGACAAAAAUACAGCAACUUAGAAUAUCAUUCAAAAUUUGUGCCAUUAUUUAUUGAUAUAUAAUUCACUGUUACUGAUAUUUGAGUCUAGUUCAAGACAUCUUUUCAAUCAUUAUUGAUUUGAUAUGAGUUCAUGCUCUGUGUAAAAGGUGUAAAUGUUUUCUGAAUUGCAAUACGCUGUGCAACAAUAAAUAAUGAUGUACAAAA